UUGUUGCUUCUGCUAUUUUUACUCUAUAUUUAGUUGCUGUGUUUACAGCUCUUAUUUUUUUCUUUCUACCACACAUUCUACCUCUCAUGGGCUUCAAGACGUCUCUCCCCAGCCGAAUGAAAAUGGAAAAAACUCCCCGUUAUACACAACGGGAGCGUAACAUGGUUUUGGGUUAUGCGGCCCAAUACAAAGACAUCAUCGAGAAUAAACGCACCGAUGCCGAAUCGAAUCGCAAAAAGGAUGAGGUGUGGCGUCAAAUAGCCAAAGAGUUUAAUGCCCGUGUCUAUCAUCAGCGCUCCUCCAAACAAUUGCGCCAGCUGUAUAAGAAUAUGAAACUGUUGCUGAAAAAGGAUUUAUGCGGCGAGGGUAAGGGUAAUCGCACCUUUAUGGAUCUCCUCAAUACCAUAUCACAGCAAGAAUCGGUGGCCCAAUAUAUAUCCGAGCAAAUGUCACCGAAUGGUUAUAGCAAUAGUGGUCGUCAAAAGUACGAUGAUGAUUAUGAUGAUUCAAAGUUUCCCUUGUUACAGCAUCCCGUACUCAAUUACGAUGGCAUGGACCAUGAUGUCAUUGUUAUCAAAUCCGAAGAUAUCAGCGAUAAUGAACAAUCCCACAGUGGCGAAGCCAUGGACGAAGAUGAUGAUGAUUGUCUAAGUCCCAAAGACAUACCCGAAGUAUGUUUGGAGGAAGAAGAUGAAGAACUAUUUGCCACAGAUUUGAGACAACAACAGCAGCCUCCCAACACAGCACAACAACAGCAACAACCAACACAAAAAUCAGCACAGAACCAGCAACAAGCCCAAAGUCAACAAAAUCAGCAACAGCCGCAGCUGCUGCAUCAUUCACAACAACCUGAGAUAACCAUACAAAACAUAGGAGGCAUACGUGUGGGCAGCAUAGGCAGUAUGGCCAAUAUGAAGGCCUUGCAGAAUGUGGUCAACAAUAAUGCAGCCACCACCACCAACUCAGCCUUAAGUAUAACACAUGCCAAUGGCAAUGCGCCGGGCCAGGCUUUAAAUCUAAGACAAACCAGUGCCGAACAGCAGCUACUACUAAAUGGCUUGGGUUUGAGUGCGGUAAAUCACAAUAACAAUGUUUUGGACACAAAUCCACGUAUGCCCACUUUGCAAAGAGCCAGCCAGCAACAUAGCAAUCAGCCGCCCCCACAAUCAACCAAUCAAUUACAUUUAAAUACCCACAGUAAUGCCACCCAACAGCUAUUACUUAAUAUCAAUGGCGGCAGCCCCUAUACACCCCACAAACACUAUGGCCAGCAUCGGCAAACCUCCACGCCCAACAGCAUUUCCCAUAAGAAUUCACAAAACGACUACUUUAUGCUGGGCAUAGAGGAGCGUAAGCUGAAAAUAGAGCUGCUGAAUGCCCAAAUUGAAUAUUGGAAAAAGUUGACCAAGAAACUAGAUGAAAAUCCUGGCCACCAGCCCAAUCCCUCGUGCAUGUGCCAUUUCCCCGGCAAAGCGAAUGGUGUGCAGACACCCUCCUCCACCAGCUAGGAGGAGGAGAAAAAGGAGUUAGUGAGAGCGGUAGCAUGUAAAGGGCUGCAGCAGCCCGAACAGCCAGCCAGUCGUGAGUCGACGCCCAAUCUACUAGAACCUUUAAACUACGAAAUUAUACAACUGGAUGAUGACGAUGAGGAAGAUGAUGAAGAUGAAAACGAUGUGGUACAGGAAGUUGAGCAACAACAGGAAUUAGAGCAGUUGGAGGAAGAUGAAACUGAUGUGGAAGAAGUAAAUCCACCAACUCUGGAGGAGGAUAAUCCUGAUUUAGAACACGAUGUACAGGUAACAGCAGAGUUAGAUAAAGGUAAAAGAAAACUUAAAACCUCCUCUAACAAUUUACUGGUAGACAUUAGUCAGUCUAUUAAAUGGCAUGAAAUCAUACAGGAAAAUAGCGAGAGUGAAAACAAACCAAAGUUAAAGAAAUUAAAAUUACAAUAAUAACUACAAAUUAAAGAUUUAACAAAUAAAACAACAGUUUAUAAAAUAAAACAGCAGCAAUGUUUCCCAAAAAAAAAUUUUCUUUUAAAGUAACCCCUAUGUCUAUACCUGAUACAUUUUUGUCAUGAUAAACGUCAAAAUGGUUGUCGAGAUAAAAAAUUAUCAGGGGACUAUCAUUUAUUCUUCGUUAUGAUAAAAUUGUCAUGACAAAGGCUGGGAAACAUCUUGCUGCUAAACUUUUAUUUCUAUUUCAAAUGAAAGACUGAAAAAACCUUUUUAAAAUUUAUUAAGAAUAUGAUAAUGCCUGUUAAACAAAAUUUCAAAUUCCUAUAAACAAAACAGUUAAAGUAACAUUGUAUAUAAAUUAUUUAUAAACAAAUUAGCUACAAAUUUUAAAUUUAAAUUAAAACACAAAUAA